AUGAAUCCCGUCGCAAGCCAAACCACAGGCUCCUCCGAUGCCGCCGCCGCUGCCCUCCAGGGCGCAACGCUCGCCUUCAAUAAGAACAAGCCCGCGCCGCCGCCUACGCGAAGAGGCAAUGGCCCCCUGACGCCGUCAGCCGGACGCCCGCGGAGCCCGGUCAAGCCGCUCGCCGAUCAGAGUACAGGAGAAAGCACUACAGGUGUUGAACAUAAUGGAGCGACGAUUGCUGCUAGGUUGAAGCAGCUGGGGGCGAGUCCGGUUCAGCUACAUCCGGGUUCAGCUGGGAAGACGGAUGCUAGAAGCGCAAGCUUCAUUGCAGCCACGUUGGCGGCCAGUCGAAGCGCCAGCCCAAGCCCCAAGGUACGGACGCGCGCCUCAUCGCACAGCGGCGAUGUUGUCGACUCGGGGUCUAUUCCGCCUACGGGAAACCUCAUCUCCAUGUUCGAGCAGGCUCGGACGGGUGACCCCGUGAAGCGGCUCUCUCCAAAGAGAUCUCCGGUUAGGGCGCCUAGAGACUCGGCCGAGAGCAUUCCGGAGGAGCCAGUACCAUAUCUUGACAAUACUCCAACGGCCAAACCAAAACCCAAGCCGAAACUAAAACCGAAGCCUCGCCCUGUGACGCCACCACCUUUGGUUGCCACUAUAAGAGCUCCAGAGGUGCUAUCACCCAAGCCUACUAGACCCCCGAAGCCGGUGUUGAGGCCAAAGACACCGCCUCAAAUCAUCACCCGUCAGGCAACUCAAGUCCUUUCACCUGCGUCGCCCGAUCCCCAGAAACGCAAAGUCAAGACCAAGAAAUCAGGACCGCCUACGCCGCCGCAGCCUCGAGGAACGAAUAAGCCGAAUGUACAGUCCCAGAGUUUCGUCCAGAAGUCGCGAACUGUUACACCAAGACAUUCAGCUCCUCAGCUGGCCCCGAGGCUUUCUCGUCCAAGACCCGAUCCUGUAGAGAAACGGCCGUCAACACCAGGCUCGGCCUCAUCUAAUGACACCUUUGUGUCUGCUUCUUCAGUUCAGUCCCCUGAACGACUGACUCCCCCAGCUUUACCUCCUACUUUACCCCCGAAAAGGCGAACAGCGGCUAGUACACCGUCUUCGCCAACUCGGGAGGUCCGACGUCAUCGCCCUCAAAGCUCAUCAGUUACAAAUCUUCCAUUGGAAUCUCUCACAAGUGCCAUUGUGGCAGGUUCACUGGCAUCAGCUCGUCUUACACCUCACAACACGGGGGGCAGCCUUGCUCCACAACUGCCACGACGACAAAAGUCACCUCGCAUGAUGCAGACUUUGCGCCAGCCAGCCAAGACAUCAGAUGAAGACUUGGAUCGUCACAAGAAGAAGCCUCUACACAAGCUCCAUUCUUCUGGGAAACAUUCUCAUCAUGAAGGAUCAAGAAAGAAAUGGCGAGAAGAGAUUACACCCCGUGAACGAAAGCGAUAUGAAGCUGUAUGGGCUUCCAACCGUGGACUUUUGCUUGAUUAUCCAAACUCUCCCUUGGAUGCCAUGGAAAACGACCCUUCAGAGUACGUGGUUAAUGUUAUAGCUCGCGAGAUUUGGAAGCGUUCGCGUCUGCCGGCAGACGAGUUGGCUGAGGUGUGGGAUCUCGUCGACCGCAAGGGACGAGGCAUUCUUGGACGAGCAGAGUUUGUCGUUGGCAUGUGGCUGAUUGACCAGAGGCUCCGCGGUCGCAAGAUCCCAGCCAAAGUGAGCGACAGCGUAUGGGGAAGCGCCAACGGCAUGAAGGUGAUCAAGCCCAGGGUCAAGUAG